AUGCAAACAAUUAAAUGUGUUGUUGUUGGUGAUGGUGCUGUUGGUAAAACGUGUCUUCUUAUAUCAUAUACAACAAAUAAAUUUCCUAGUGAAUAUGUGCCUACUGUUUUCGACAAUUAUGCAGUGACUGUAAUGAUUGGAGGUGAACCAUAUACUCUUGGUUUAUUUGAUACUGCUGGACAAGAGGACUAUGAUAGGUUACGUCCAUUGUCCUAUCCUCAAACUGAUGUGUUUCUUGUCUGUUUCUCAGUAGUUGCUCCAGCGUCAUUUGAAAAUGUUAAAGAAAAAUGGGUGCCAGAGAUUGCGCAUCACUGCUCGAAAACGCCUUUUCUCCUAGUUGGCACACAAAUUGAUUUAAGGGACGAUCCAUCAUAUAUCGAAAAAUUGGCGAAAAAUAAACAAAGACCAAUAUCAUUUGAUGUAGGCGAAAAAUUGGCCAAGGAGCUUAAAGCAGUAAAAUAUGUUGAAUGUUCAGCAUUGACUCAGAAAGGAUUGAAAAAUGUUUUUGAUGAAGCUAUAUUGGCCGCAUUAGAGCCACCAACUCAAGAAAAGAAAAAAAAGUGCACCUUACUUUGA